CAUGUUCUUGUCGAACUGUUAACGUCUUGAUACGAUGAACUACGAAUGCGAAAUGCUCGAACAAGCAGGAAUGAUCACUGUUUUCGUUACUACGUCAAACGACACCUGACUGAUCCUUCGUAAAAAAUGUAAACACAAAUGUCCACAAGUAAAUACGCGCUUAAAUUUUAAAACUACGAAAUUCAAUUCUUAUAGCAAUUCGAUCCAUCUACUAAUUCCUCUGAUUAUUUCUUCAUAAAUCUACGCUUGAAUCAUUAUUAUCAAUAGUAAUCGAUAAUACUUCUAAUCGAUAAUAAUUAAUUUCGCAAUAAGAAGAGGAUGUUGCAUUGGUGUAUAUAUUUGAUAAUUUUUACGUGAUAUAGCGAUCAUUAUAGAAAAACUGUUAUUAUUUCUCUCAGAAACGUAUAUCUACAAAACCCACAUGUGUUGAUAACAAUAUAAGCUUGUCAAUAAAUAAUGUUUAUUAUGUUUCUAAAGUGGAUUUAAUCACAGAUCGAAAGAAGACUGUAGUUUCGACAGUAGCCUCGAUGCCAGCCGCGCGCAACGAUCUGCGCAUGCUCAGUAUCUGAACUAGUCAAACGCAAGUGUGUGCCUGACAUGUGCUUUUAGGUUAGUUCCACGUUUUUUAAUACAUAUUGUGUUUGUUGAUCAAUAAUUAUAGACGUGCGCGUUGUUCUUUUUGAAAGUGUACAUUAAAAGAAUAACAGUUACAAAUGACUAUACAAGAUAUGGAUAUUUCUUUGAAUAUUUGUGCAAAACCUGUUGAUAAGAAGAAAAUAGGGACAGAAGAUGAUUCUAUUCUUAGUUUAAUGAGGCAGACAAAAAAUAAGGUAGCUGAAAGUAAAGUUCCAAACAAUAAUGAGUCAAAAAAAGUAUCUGUUAGAGAAAAUAAUACCACUAAAAAAAGAAUUAAACAAAAGUCUUUAGGAGCAAUUGUUGCACUGAAAUUAAAGGGAACUAAUACACCUAAUAAAAAUCAGUCUUCUGUUGUACAAAAUAAAUUAAAGACUAAAUCACAAGUAAAUAUUAAACAGCAGCAAUCGCAACAAGAAAUAUCUAAAGAGUCUACAAAAGAAUAUAGAAAUGAUAUAGAAACAAGUGACUCUUUGACCAACAAAGUGAAUGAAGCUUCUGAUGUCCCUGUUAUUUCAUUCACUAAAGUUACCAAAGAAAAUUUUGGUAAAACUUUGCUAGCAAGAAAGAGAAACGUUACAGAUACGAAUACUAAGAAGACAUUGUCUAGCAUAUUUUCAAAACAACCAGAAUCUGAAGCUAAAGAAACUAGUUUGUACGAUUCGUUAAAGAAAAGAGUAUCAGAUGAAAAUGAUAUAUCAAAAAAGAAAGCUAAAGAGGAAUUUAAAGAAGAAUCCAAAAAACUUUCUGAUUCACCAGAAAAGAUAAAUCUUGGCAAGAAAAAAAAGAAAAAACAGCUAGAAAAGUCGAAAACUGAUAACAAUAGCAAUGUAGGAGAUAAUAAAAAUACAAAUUUCUCUCAUAAACCUGUUGGAAAGAUAUCUUCCUUAUUUGGGCAUAACCCAGACAUACCAAACAUUGGACAAAGAUUAGUAAAACCGAUAAAUGAACCUAUAUUUACAGGGACAACCUUUACCGAUCUUAAAAUUCAUCCUUUCAUGAUAUCUAACUUGGAGCAAAAUAUGCAUAUCACUAAAAUGACUAUAGUGCAGCAGAAAGCAAUUCCCCAGAUAUUUUCAGGCAAAGAUAUCCUAGUUAGAUCACAAACUGGUUCUGGGAAGACAUUAGCAUAUGCUUUGCCUAUAGUUGAGUGUUUACAUAAAAUUAGACCAAAAUUAAGUAGAAAUAGUGGUUUAAACGCUCUUAUAGUUGUACCAACUAGGGAAUUAGCGCUACAAACUUAUGAGUGCUUUCUGAAAUUAAUAAAACCAUUUACGUGGAUCGUACCAGGAUAUCUAGCAGGCGGUGAAAAAAGAAAAGCAGAGAAAGCUAGGCUGAGAAAGGGAUGCAAUAUUUUAGUCGGUACACCGGGUAGAUUAUUAGAUCAUAUAAAACGAACGACGGCUUUGAAAUUGAGCGAUGUUAAAUACUUCGUGUUAGACGAGGCUGAUAGGAUGUUUGACAUGGGGUACGAAAAAGAUAUAUCCGGUAUAGUAAGUGCUUUGAAGGUGUCACUCCCAAGUCAAAACACAGGAUACGAUGCCAUGAAAAUGUUGCGUCAAAAUAUAAAGAAAGUUUUUACCGAUGAAGAUCUUGAGCACUUGGAAAAUAGUGGUGAUUUAGAAGAAUCUCGAAACGAUAAGCAAAAGGAUAACUUAUUGGUUGAAUCGAACAAGGGUAUAGAUGUAGAAUCUGAGGACGAUGAUAUUGUGGACAAUACUAAACGAAAACAAGUGUAUCAUUCUAGCAGUGACGAUGAUUCCGAUCAAUGCGAGCCUUACGUUAAAUCGAAAAAAUCAAAUGGGCAGAAAGCUUGUACAGACUUUGUGGAAAAGAAGGAGUUUGAUACCCUGAAAGAUAAGACGCAACUCAAAGAAGAUGAUAAUCAUAAUGGGGACGAGUCGAGAAGGCAGACAAUUUUACUUUCCGCGACAUUGACACAGGCGGUAGAAAAAUUGGCAGGCCUUGCUAUGGAUCAUCCUGUUUUCAUCGAUGCUGCUAAAGAAAAUUUGGAAACAACCGGUGGUGAUGCAAACGAAAUUAACGAAGAUUUAGUAGUUCCACAAAGCGUGAAUCAAAGUUAUAUCGUCACACCUCCAAAACUGAGAAUGGUGACUUUAAGUGCUUAUAUCGCGGGAAAGUGUCAGAGUCACGGUCAACAUAAAAUACUAAUAUUUAUGGCCACCCAAGAUAUGGUUGAUUAUCACACGGAGAUCUUAUCGUCCGUACUAACUAAACCCAUCGACGAAGAUGACGAUGAUUCUGAUCCUUUGGUCGAUGUGGAAUUCUUCAAAUUACACGGUAGCAUGACUCAAAAGGAACGAACUGAAGUAUUCAAAACAUUUAGACAGGCGAAAAGUGGAGUUCUACUCUGCACGGUACAAACGUUGAUCCCGGAGUGCCUGAACAACGAUGGCAGCCGCCCACAUUUUACAGCGUCACUUGAACGAAGAUUCUAUGGCAGCAUUAUUAAUUUCCACGUUGAAAACUCACGAGAGCCCCCGCGGAUGGAAUGUUCCGCGGCUCUCAGCGGUGGUGAAUCCGGAUCCACGAGGUGAUCUAUGGUCCGAGUGAGAUGUUUUGAGCGGACGAUCCGUUCUCGAUCCUCCGAGCCACGAUCGCGGCCUCUCUCCUAAACGAUCGUUUGUCUUAAUCGCUGCCAUCGAUCGCUCCUCGUCCCUGUUUUCGUUACAUUAUAUCGCACCGGUGGCAGCUGCGGUGCUUGUUUCAUCUAAAGAUACGUGGGCGUCCUCGGCCGAUUUCACUUUAUCAGACUAUCUUUCGAUCGAGUUCUAAUCGGACUUGUUUAUACCCGCCGAUCAAUUACAACGAUCUUGAAGUAUUGCUUCUCAGGAAAAUAGUCGAUCAUUUAGUAUAAUAUAUUUGUAUGGAAUAAGUUUAUCGUGGAAAGAUAAUAUCACAGUCAGCGCGAAGAAACGGAUGAAACAAAAUCGCGCCGAUAAAACACGGUUCGCCGUCAGGAUCAGUAUUUUAUUUCGAUCGGGCUAACUUCUUUCUCGUUUUCCUUCACCCCGGCGCCUGGACCGUUGCGUCGUAGGUUGGCGUCGAAUUAAUUCGAUAAAAAGAUAUAAAAAGGAAGAAGACAGACACAUCCGUAUCGUGCCGCGAAAGAAUUUUCGGGGCUACGACGCCCCCCACUGGUGGUCCGGGAUUAGUCUCCAGGGUCGUCAAGCAGAAACUCGAUGUGCUCCGUUCGGUAAAUCAUUGGUUAACCGAACGCAAGGAAAUCAGGGCCGUGCUCAAACGUUCGCUGUUGGGGUUUCACAGCGGGCGCUCGCUGCCAGCCGCGCGCAUUCACCUUCGUACAAAACGAGAAAUCGGCACGGUUUGUAAGACAUUUGUACCAGCAGAUCGCACGCUCUCUCGGUCCUUGCUCUCGCCUCUUGGAUUAUUAUCGAAGAACAAGAUGUCCGAAUCACCGGCCACGGCAGAACUUUUCUCUCUUCGAGUUUUCCAUAAGUAUACUUUUAAUUUCGAAUGUACACGUUCGAUUCUCCU